UACUACACAGAAACACAAAUCGGGAGAGCAAUGGAGUUUUACGACGAGGACAAGCCAAGAUUCGUCCUCCAAUCACGUCCUUCCUCUUCUCGCAAGACGACGGAAGAGGACGACGAUCCUAAAACCCCAAACAAGAUAUCCAUCUCAAUCUCCGUCGUCAUCUCUCUCCUCACUCUAUCACUCUCCUUCUUCUACUUUGAAUCCGAGCCUGCCCAAUCGCUCCUCUUGUGGCUCGCGAUCUCCUUCCUCGUCGGUCCUUUCGCGCCGUCUUCUCUCACCGGCGGCAAAAUCCGCGUCGGUUACGGUCAUAUCCUGGAGCCGGAGCAGAUCGACGACGAACACUCCACGGAUAACGAACGCGAAUCGAGGAGGAGCAAGAGAUCUAAUAAAGUGACGAAGAACGAUAAACCGCCGGAGAAUCCACCUCCGGUUGUGGCAACGAGUAAAGUGGUGGAUCGAAAUGGAUCUGUGAAGGAAAGUAAGGAGUGGAGUGAAGAAGAGGUCGAGGUUCUGAAGAAGCAGCUUGUGAAGCAUCCGGCGGGGAAGCCUGGGCGGUGGGAAGCGGUUGCGUCUGCGUUUGGAGGGAAGUAUAAGACAGAGAAUGUGAUCAAGAAGGCGAAAGAGAUCGGAGAGAAGAAAGUGUAUGAGAGUGACGAUUACGCUCAGUUUCUGAAGAACAGGAAAGCUUCUUCGGAUCCUAGAUUGGCUGAAGAAGAAGAAGACGCCGAGAAGAAUGGAGGAGAUGACGAGAGUUGGAGUAAUGGAGAAGACAUUGCACUGCUCAAUGCUCUUAAAGCUUUUCCCAAAGAAGCGGCUAUGAGAUGGGAGAAGGUUGCAGCUGCAGUUCCUGGGAAGUCCAAGGCUGCUUGUAUGAAGAGAGUUACUGAGCUUAAGAAAGGGUUUAGGAGCUCCAAGUCUGGAGCCAAUUAGCCAAACAUAAAGCCACAAGAUCCUCUCUCUUUUUACUCUCCAUUGUACUUGUUGUUACCUAGAUGUUUUCUGAAUAAUUCUAUGAGGCUUCGUGAUCUCUCCAUUAUAGUA